UGUAAAGGGGAGUAGCAAGGAGCUUCUCCAUGAUAAAACUGGGCUAUGCAUGAACAUUGAACGGCAACCGUGAUACUUCCUGAAGAAAGUGGAGGUUUUAACCGUCAAACCUGAUGGGUUCCAAAGCCUGGCUCGUUGAAGACGAAAGUGCAAGAGAAAUGUUGGACAGGGUUCUAACUGAGCGCCCUUUCUUGCUUCUUCCCCCUCUUCACAGGGUUCCUCUACGCGUCGGCAACAUUGUUGAGAUUGUAGGCCCUUCACCUUCUGCCAAAACCCACAUCUUAAUCCAGGCUGCCAUCACUUGCAUACUUCCCAGACAGUGGAAAGGUGUCAAUUACGGUGGAUUGGGGCAUUUAGCGAUGUUCCUUGACUUGGAUUGUCGCUUUGACAUUUCACGCUUCUCGGAUUUGUUAAACCAUAGAAUCAUGGAAGCAGCCAAUGGAUCAAGCAGUGAAGUAGAUUGUCAGAUAAAGGAGUCCGAAGCUCAAAAUGCAACAACUAAACCUUACAAUGAGGAAUUGUUUGCAUCAUGCAUGAGACGGUUUUUAUACAUCCGUUGUUAUGAUAGUUCUGAAUUUCUUGCCACUCUCAAGACAUUACACUAUCGGCUUCAAAAGGAAAGGGAAACACAUGGUGUUAAUGUUCAUGUCCUGUUGAUUGACAGCAUUGGAGCAUUUCACUGGAUAGAUCGUGGUUCAUCAUCUUUUUCACUGGAGGGUGAUACUAGGAAAAGCUUGCAUCUCCAAAGUGUGACAGAAACUGUAGUUCAGGAGAUCAGAAAGCUCCUAUUGGUGCAUCCCAUGCUUGUGAUGGCUACAAAAGCAGCUGUCUUAGGCAACAGAUAUUCAAUGAAUGAUUCAAAACGGAAUUACAGAACAUGGUCUGCAAAGGAUAACCUGCAUUCAAGAAAUGUAACAAGUAGUGAUCAGCAAGUUCCAUAUCGCGAGUAUAUGCCUGCUGUCUGGCAGUCCUUAAUUACGCACAGGAUUCUUGUACGAACUACAGAUGCUGAUUUUGUUAAUGGUGAGCAUCAAAAUGUCUCUACAUAUCUAUCAGAAUGGUUGCUGCCACCACUGAAUUCCGUGGACAAAUUUAUAGUGAGAGAUGUAAGAAAACACUCAUGCUUCGCAGUUUUUAAGAAGAAAAACCAAAUAUCAACUCUUUCCUUCAGUUGUAUUUGACAUAAUUCAUUUGCCACCUGUAGACGGGUGUGUUCGUUCUUUCUUGAAAGUUCUCUUAUCCGGCAAUGUGGGAACUGAAAGGUUGUUGAAAACUUGAAAUCGCCUCUUUACCUCUUAUUUUCUUUCAACUGUUGAAGCAAAGCAGCCAUGAAUUGAGGCUGUUGCAGGAGCAAAUGACCUUGUUAUUGUUUUCUGGAGCUGCAGCAACCACCAUUCACACCGUGUGAGUUUCACUUGCUUCCUUCUCAUUCUUCUCUCCCUCUCUGGAGGCCCAUUUGUUUACUUCUUUCCUUUGCUUCCUGUGGCAUAUGAGAUCAUAUCUGUUUUAGAAAAUGCUGGUCGUUCUCAUUUCAGUUGUAAUGCUGCUUAAUUUCACAGGACUCCGGUCCCGCAUCUGGGGAUAAAUUGCUUUCCUCAUGAAUGCCAGAGUUCAUAUUAGUCAUUCUGGCCAUUGAAUUCAUAUCAAUAAUGUAUAUAUCAUCCAGAGUUCAUGUUUAUGCACAAACUACAAAGUGAAGUAAAUGAGCAGUGAAAUAUAUGUAUAAUUUU